GCAAUCCCUGUUACUGCAAGGUGUGGCAGAGCACCGCGCAUGCGUGACCGCAUCAGUUACUUUAAAUGGCACCGAAAACGCAUGUCCAGAAGGCAGCCGUGUUACACAGAACACGCACAGUGUGCAGCUCUUAUAUAUGAGCUCCCCUCCAGUCUUGCACAGGUAUACCGGCUCCUCCCCUUCAGUCUUGCACAGGUAUACCGGCUCCUCCCCUUCAGUCUUUCACAGGUGUACUGGCUCCUCCCCUUCAGUCUUGCACAGGUGUGCUGGCUCCUCCCCUUCAGUCUUGCACAGGUGUGCCGGCUCCUCCCCUUCAGUCUUGCACAGGUGUACCUGCUCCUCCCCUUCAGUCUUGCACAGGUGUACCGGCUCCUCCCCUUCAGUCUUGCACAGGUGUGCCGGCUCCUCCCCUUCAGUCUUGCACAGGUGUGCCGGCUCCUCCCCUUCAGUCUUGCACAGGUGUACCUGCUCCUCCCCUUCAGUCCUGCACAGGUGUACCGGCUCCUC